AUGUCUGAGCUCAGUAAUGUCCUGACAGUCCCACAUCAAUUUUCUCUGAUCCUGCACACAGCGGUGGACUUCGGCCACAAAGCGGGUAUCGGCAUUGGUAUCAUCCAGAGCGCAGCGACAGACACAACCCAAUCCAACACUCUAUUGAGAGAGGAGCAUAAACACGGCAUCGAGCGUGGCCAGGUCGGAGCCAAAAACGUCACAGCACGCGAAAGAGCUCAUAUGUUCGCGCUCGUACUUGCCAUAGGGUUAGCACGUAGUACACUCAAACAACAACAUGCUACAGCACGCAUCAAGGUUCAGAGUAUCGCAGUGCUCUGUAGUUUGCCAGCGGUGGUUGAAAGGAUCAAAGAUCACCGAGUUCGAGGUAUCAAAAGUCUCAAAUCCGUGGUGAGCACGGAGGACCGUUCCAUGUUGAGAAGGGUCCUGGUGGCUAUAAGACGAUUUUCGCGAUACAACGUUCAGGUCUCAGUCGUGGAGUAUGGGGUGGAAAGCAAUACUGUAGAUGCAGCAAGGGUAGAGAUGAUAGCUCGUCACAGAAAGAAGAAGACGUGUCGUCGCCGUCGUCAUGAACGACGAAUCAUGUCAAAAAUACUGAAAUGGCAGGCGAUGAAGAAGAAGAUGGAGGAACCGACGAGGAAGAGAGGGAUGGAGUAG